AUGUCUGUUAGAGAAUUUCCAAAAAUCAAGUCUGUCAAGACUUACAUUUUAAAUGGAAAGGGAAUUGGUGGUGAUUACCACAAUGUUGAGAGAGGGCAUUGGUUGAUUGACAAUUCUAUAUCAAAUCCCAUGUCUAAGUUUCCUGAGUACCGCUCUUCAAGAGUUAGUUGGGGUAUUAAUGUCUUAGGUUCAUUUUGUGUAGAAAUUGAGGCCACCGAUGGUACUCGUGGAUUUGCUACAGGUUUUGGUGGACCACCAGCAUGCUGGAUCGUUCAAAAUCACUUUUUAAGAUUUUUAGAAGGAGCUGAUCCAAGAGAUAUUAACAUUUUGUGGGAUAAGAUGUUUAGGGCUUCUAUGUUUUAUGGCCGUAAAGGUAUUACAAUUGCCGUCAUUAGUGUUAUCGACUUAGCUCUUUGGGAUUUAAUGGGCAAAAUUAGAAAUGAGCCGGUUUAUAAGUUAAUCGGAGGAGCCACUAGGGAGAAAUUAGAAUUUUAUUGUACUGGUUCGAAACCAGAAGCUGCAAAAGAAAUGGGAUUCUGGGGCGGUAAGGUUGCUUUACCAUAUGGGCCUGAUGAAGGUCAUAAAGGUUUACAAAAGAACGUUAAAUUCUUGAGAGAUCAUCGUGAAAAGGUCGGCCCCGAUUUUCCAUUGAUGGUUGACUGUUAUAUGUCUUUGACCGUUUCUUAUGCAAUUGAUUUAGCCAAGGCUACGGAAGAUUUGAAUAUUAACUGGUUCGAGGAAGUAUUACAUCCAGAUGAUAUUGAAGGUUUUGCGCAAUUGAAGAGAGCUUUUCCUAGAAUCAAGUGGACCACUGGCGAACACGAAUAUACUAGAUAUGGCUUUAGAAAGUUAAUUGAAGGUCGCAAUAUUGAUAUUUUGCAACCUGACGUUAUGUGGGUUGGGGGAUUGACUGAAAUUCUUAAAAUCGCUGCCCAAGCUGCUGCAUAUGAUAUUCCAGUUGUACCACAUGCAUCUGGUCCAUACUCGUAUCAUUUUGUUGUUUCUCAACAAAAUACACCAUUCCAGGAAUAUUUGGCAAACUCUCCUGACUCUACUUCUGUUUUGCCAGUGUUUGGUGGAUUAUUUACUGACGAACCGGUUCCUGUAAAGGGUUAUCUUCAUGUUUCAACAUUUGAUAAGCCUGGUUUUGGUUUGACUUUAAAUCCAAAAGUUGAAUUGAUAGAUGCUGACUUCUUAUUAUCCCCUUCGCCAGAAAAACCUUUAAAAUUGACGAACGGUCAUGCUAAUGGCUAUACAAAUGGAUACUCCAAUGGCAAGACUAAUGGAACAGCCAAAUAA